UGCCGGUCCGGCUUGGCAGGCGACCCCGGGGCGGGCAGUGACAGCCGACUGGAUGCGAUCACGUCAUCUCACCCGCAGCAUAAUUUUCCCCCCCCGGAUUUCUUGUCUGCCCGGACUCCCUAACCACGCUCGUCAACGCUACGUUGUUUCUGGCUCACCAUGGGCCCCUCAGGCAUCGCUCGUUCGGCUCCCCGAGCGUGGAAAGUUGCUGCGCGGCUCAAUCAGCGCGAGAGCCUUGCGACCCUGUCGGGAAGUCGUCGGAUCCCGAUCCCUCCGUCCACGGUCAAUCCCGCAAACCAUCGGCCGCUGCACCAUGCCCCGUCGCGAAAGUCACAAUCGGCCACGGCCUCGAAUCCCGCCAUGUCGUUCCCCUGUCUUGACGCCCAGGAUGCAAAGUCCGCUCAACUCUCCGCGCGGUCACUCCAAUCGGGCCCCGAACCUUCCUACACCACCGGUCACCACGAACAGUUUCACUGCGAACAACCCUUGCUGCUGGACUGGGGUGGUGUGCUUCCGGAAUUCGAUGUUGCUUACGAAACAUGGGGCCAGCUGAAUCUCGAGAAGAGCAACGCCAUCCUGCUACACACCGGUCUGUCCGCCUCCAGCCACGCUCACAGCACCGAAGCCAACCCCAAGCCCGGCUGGUGGGAGAAGUUUAUCGGGCCCGGCAAGCCUCUUGACACUGAUAAAUACUUUAUUAUUUGUACCAAUGUGAUCGGAGGAUGCUAUGGCAGUACUGGCCCUUCAUCGAUCGAUCCCUCUGACGGUAAGCGAUACGCUACCCGUUUCCCUAUUCUCACCAUCGACGAUAUGGUGCGGGCACAAUUUCGUCUCCUCGACUUUCUCGGUAUCAACAAGCUGUACGCCUCCGUCGGAUCCAGCAUGGGUGGCAUGCAGAGUCUUGCUGCCGGUGUGCUCUUCCCCGAGCGAAUCGGCAAGAUCGUCAGCAUCAGUGGAUGUGCGCGGAGCCACCCAUACAGCAUUGCCAUGCGACACACCCAGCGGCAGGUCCUCAUGAUGGACCCGAAAUGGGCCCGGGGAUUCUAUUACGACUCGAUCCCGCCUCACUCGGGCAUGAAGCUUGCCAGAGAGAUCGCCACAGUCACAUACCGGAGUGGACCGGAGUGGGAGAACCGAUUCGGCCGCAAGCGUGCAGACCCCAGCAAGCAGCCUGCUCUCUGCCCGGACUUCCUGAUCGAGACAUACCUGGACCAUGCGGGAGAGAAGUUCUGCUUGGAAUAUGAUCCCAACAGUCUACUUUAUGUGUCGAAGGCAAUGGACCUGUUUGACCUCGGCUACGCCCACCAAUCCGAGACCAAGAAUCGGAGGGCUGAGUAUGAGGCUAAGAUUGCCGAGGGAGGAAAGACUCUUCGCGAAAGCGACAUCGCAUGCAGCCUGACCCUUCCGGAGAAGCCAUACGAGGAGCAACCGUCCGUGACGGCAUCCACUCCUGCGAUGGCUCAGGCUGUUGGUGGAGAGGCUAACCCCGACGCGCCGCCGCGGGAUCUUGUCGCUGGUCUUGCGCCCCUCAACAACCACCCGGUUCUGGUGAUGGGUGUUGCCAGUGACAUCCUGUUCCCCGCCUGGCAGCAGCGAGAAAUCGCACAAACCCUUCGGGCUGCUGGGAACGAGAAUGUCGAGCACAUCGAACUCGGAGAGGACGUCUCGCUGUUUGGUCACGACACAUUCCUUCUGGACCUGAAGAACAUCGGCGGUGCCGUCGAGAGGUUCCUGCGGUAAGCGGACUCUAGAUUGGUCUUCCAUAUGAUCAUGAUGAAAGCGGGCGAUACUUUGCAUUUAGCGUGAUGUAUUCCAUUGUGUAUCUUCUACCUACUCUGCUUGCUGGGGAUCACGGAACCCGCCCCUGCGGCUCCAUCCAACGACCAUGUAUCGUUCUCCAUAUUUAUAAUUUUAGACUUGCACGAAAG